AAACACGAGAUAAAUACAGGCUGGAAACUCUGGGGGCACAAAUGGGCACGACGAGUGUGACCUGGAAAGCGCAAGUAAAAUAGCGCGUGCGCGUGUGCAUGCGAUUGUGUGUGUGUGCGCGCUCGUGCAUGUGUGAGUGCGUGCGCGUGCGCGCGCGCCUCUAUCCCCGCCCACACGCGCUCUCUCUCCUCCGUGACGUCUCGGGCUGAAUGUCGCCAACAGCCCUCAGUUGUAGAAAUGGCAGCGCUGAGGCAGGAGCAUCGGUAUGGACUCUCGUGUGGCAGGAUCAACAAAAACACCCCGAACCAGACCCGCUACCACGUCAAACUCACUGACACCGCCAUCCGGACCCUGGAGGCCUACCAGAACCUGAAGGCAUCACUAUCAAAUCAGCCAGCGAUUUGCUUCAAGGGGAGUCAGGGGUAUGUAAAGAUCCCAGCACCGACCCCAGAAUCUCCCGAUGGACUCAGAGUCUUCUCCUUCUACCUGUCCAGCGACAGCAAAGACAAGCCGCAGUCCAGCUUUGACUGCAUCCACCAGUAUGUCUCUGGGGAGGGCAGGGAUCACCUGGAGGGCCAGGGCAGCAUUCAGGACAAGAUCACAGUUUGUGCCACAGACGACUCCUACCAGACGACCAGGGAGCGCAUGUCCCAGGUGGAGAAGGACAUCUGGAGCCGCUCAGCAAUUGAGAUCAAGCCAGGGCCAAGUAAGUGUGUGAAGGUCCAGAGGAAGCAGGGUCUGGUAUCCGGCUCAGAUAGCAGCAACAAGCACUCCCCCAGCAACAAGAGGAGCCUGAAUCCCAGCCCCAUCGCACACCGGCCCUUGAGGGAUCGCAUCAUUCAUCUCUUGGCCUUAAAGCCAUACAGGAAACCUGAGCUGCUACUGUGGUUGGAGAGGGAGCGGGCCACUCCAAAGGACAAGACUGACCUGACCUCAGUACUGGAUGAGGUGGGUAAACUGAACCCUAAAGACCACAGCUACUCUCUGAAGGAUGAACUCUACAGACACAUCCAGAGAGACUGGCCCGGAUAUCUCGAAGAAGAAAAGCAACUCAUCCACAGGCUGCUUAUCAGGAAACUUCAGCCACUCCACAGUAGCCAGUUGAAGAGUCCUCAGUCCAACAACUCAUUCCACAAAACUCCUGGGGACUCGCCUUCACAACUGAGUCCUGCCAAGAAUCUCUCUGUGAAACGCCCAUUUCCCUCCGAUCCAUCCAGCUGUCAAACCCCCAAAAAACAAAGACUAUUUGACCAGUGUUUGCCCUUGCAGUCGCCUUCUCAUGGAGACUACGGCGCCAACGGGGCUCGUAGCGCCUCUAGUAACGGAAACUCUAGUACACAGAUCAAAAUAGAGUUCGACAAAACCAACAAUCAUCUCCAGGGGAGCCCAAAUGGUCUGUACUCACCGCACAAACUCAGUGGGUCAUCCGCUAUUCCCAAACUGGAGAGGACAGAGCCAGCUCCUACUGCUCCCAGCCCCAGGACCCCACAAACAGACACCUCCAUUUGCACUGACCAACAGUUCACUAACGGCCAACAUAAAAAGAAGAGGUCCAAGAAGCACAAAGACAAGGAACGACAGCGCUUAAAACCAGACUGGAUUGAAACCAGUCCAGACCUGAAGCAGAACAAACAGGAAAAUCUCAAAGACCAUGAGGGAGAGAAAACACCCGUCAGACGAACUUCAGCAGAGGAACUGCCUGACUAUUUAAUAAAAUACAGCACCAUAAAAGCACUGGAUCAGCGUCAACAGUACAAGGAUGACUUCCGUGCCGAGUACGAUGAAUACAGAGCGCUUCAUGACCGGAUCGGGGCUAUCACAGAGAUGUUUGUUCAGUUGGGCUCAAAGAUCAACACUCUCUCCCCGGGAACACAAGAGUACAAGCUCAUGGAGGACCAAAUACUACAAAAGUACCGAAAGUAUAAAAAAAAGUUUCCUGGGUAUCGGGAAGAGAAGAAGAGGUGCGAGUACCUGCAUCAGAAACUGUCACAUAUCAAAGGCCUGAUCACAGAUUAUGACCGAGCACAGGAACUGUCCUAGUAACUGGCCUCUGCCCUCACCAGGGUGUGAAAUGACUGGACCAAAAGACUCCUAAUGGACUCAAAGACUGCCCAGCUGGGUCCUGGAGUCGCUGAGACACUUUUCACUUUACUCCUCCUGCUAAUGGAAUCGAGGAGCGAGGUUCCUUUUAAAAAAGUGGGCUCAGACCACCGACUCGUGAUCAGACGUUGCCCUUUAACACUACGGCUUUCAUCUAUGAUUAUGUCUGUAAUGGCUGGAGCUCGUUCUGUGGUAAAAUAGAUGACAUGGUCACAGCCAAGUCCAUUUUCCUGAAAUGCAAAACAGACACGAUCCUUCCUGCCUAAUUGCAUUUUUAUCCUAUCCUCUAUCUCGUCAGAACUUUUAAAAGAAAGGUGUUUUAAAAAUAGUAUUAAACUGAUGGUACAAUCAAUCCAGGUGGGAAAAAAAUGCUACUAAAGCCUUUAUAUAUUUAACAUCCAGAGGACUCUGUUUACUUGCUGUCUACUGAGUCGAUUGUUGACACAUUCACAUUAAUUUUUCAUUAGUAACAGUGCUGGCAUUACAUAGUGACAGUAACAUGGUCAUGCUAUAAACAGUAUGUCUCUUUAGACCACAUCUGAACUGACUAAAUUCAUUUAAUGCAAAUUUCAUCUCAUGAUGGUAAAAUGAGUCAAAUGUGAAAUAUAUAAAUAUAUAUAUCUGCAGGACUAAGAACACACAAAGGUUUGUAUUAUUUUGUCAAUACAAUGAAAACAAAACAAAGAGUAAAGCAUAAAAUGCAGAGUUGUUUCAAAAUGUGCUACUUCAUAUUAUUACCCAGAAUCUGUGGCAAGGACUUUUGUCUCUGGGCUGGAGUUGAAUUACGUGGCUCUCUGCCUGCUCCUCACAGUACAGUAAUACCGCUUUCAAGAUAAAAUGUUUUUAAACAUGAACUCUAGAAAAUGUCUGGAAAUUUGGGUGCAGAAAUUUUUUUCCGUAGUUUGCCUCUCAUAAAACCAACACAGCAGGAGAGUGUCCAAGUCAGGCAUGUUCACACCGACACGAAGUGUUCUCACAUGGGCUCACUCAGACGUUUUUAAGGCAAUUUAACUAAGGAAAAAGUUUCAGAAAAUGUCUGGAGCAACAUUUGCAGACAUUUACAGCCCCUCUGGAAAAUGUUAGGAACAUGUCCAGACUUCAGUGCAUGUCUGAAAGCAUCUAUAGUGUUAAAUCCACCCACAUGUAGCCUAAAGUACCACAAACUGCCUUUUCUCUAUGUCAUAGAACCUUAUCAGCUCACACAUCUCUCAAAUCGUCAGUAGUAAUCAUGCUGUAUCUACACUGUAGAUGAAUGACUACCAGUUGCCCUAUGAAACAAGUUUUCACUUUACAUGCAGUUGAAUAGAGUACAGGGUAAUGGUUCAUAAAACUGAUCCACACAUUUUGCAAUCAUUUACUAUGAUUUUGCUUUGGUUGAUGUAUUGAUGUUUAAUAAUAUGAGAUUCGGUUGAAUAUUAAUUAUUCACUUCAGUGAGUGUUACAUUACUCUGCUGAAUGUGAUAGAGGUGGCUUUAAACAAAUUCAGAAUGUGUCAUUUUCAGCCCCAUGUGUGAAAUGUGUGGUCACUCAGUUCCAACCACUUUGGUUCAUUUUAGAUUCCUUUCUGGGAUUAUUUGUACCACAAGCAGGUACAUUUGAAUUAAUACUGCCUUUUAUUUUAUGUCAUCUUAAGUAGCUGAGGCCUGAAGUUAGGAAAUAGUGAUACAAUUUCAGUGCUCUCUGGACGUUUGUGUCGAUUUAGCCAUACUCACAACUUUUGUCUUAAUGACGGCUGGAAAUGGGAGAAUGAAAGCUAAUAUUUGCCUUAACGUGUAUGUCAGAAAUUUCCAGAAUUCUGGUACCCUUGUUCUGAAAUGUUCUUUGUGGUUUUUUUUUUUAGUCUGAAGAACGUUCAGUUACUGGAUAGAUGUUGUGCUACAGUUUUUUGUUUUUUUUUAGAUAUACGUCUUCAUCAUUCUUUGCAUUUAGCUUCAUUUGUCGCCUGUCGAAUAAUCAUGAACUGUAAAGGACUUCAAAUCAUGGUCUAAUCCUAUCAAUAACCAUUCUGGAAAGUAAGAAACUUUGCAGAAAUCUACACACAACAAUGUGAUUUGCUUAUCGGGAUUUCUCAGCUGUCACAUAUUUAAGCAGCUCUUGUGCAGUUAGGUGUACGUUUCUUUCUUCUUUGUUUUUCUGGGAUGGUUGAAGGAUUUGAGAAUAGCAACAGUUGUUGUUUUGGCACAUUAAACUUUCAAGAAACUAAUAUUAGCACUGACUAUUGCAAAAAAUGAUAACAGUAAGCCCUAUGGUGUUUACAAAUUCUGAGGAUUAAAUAUCAUCAAAUCUAAACAUGACAGAUUCUUGACUAUAGAAAUAUUUUCCUUAUUCUGUCCAUUUUUAUCUCUUCUCAGGCCCAGUCUGCUUGAUCUUUUUGUAGUAUUGUGUCUACAUGCAUUUUGAUGAGCUCAAAAUAACUGAGAACACUAGUGUGUCUUGUUCUGGUACUCAGGAUGGAAAUCUUUAAGUUAUGGUUUUCACAAAAUUUAUUUCAAAACACAAACCUUUAAAAAAAAAAAAUAACAGCAGGAUGAAAAUAUCUACAAAACACCAUUUACACAUUGAGACCUUGGACGUCUUGGCUCCCAAUUUACCACUAAAACCAUAUUGAUCAAUUUUAAUAAACACACUGCAUCAUGGGUAACAUUCUGUGGGCAAAAUAUCAGUCUGAUCGUAGAAUGAAUGAAGAUAAUCAAACCAUUCCUUUUAAUGUGUUUUUUGGGAAACCAGAGGCUUGGUGAAAAAGGGGCUUCUCAAGUGCUGACUGUGAUGUUGUUAACUGUUGCAAGAGCGAACUACUGAUGGUGCCUUUUAAUUCAGCAAGCAGACACUGCCUGGAAUUAUGAUUAGUAUUCUGGAAAAAAAAAUGGGCCAGCAGUAUUUCACGUGUAGUUUCACACUGUUGCCACUGUUCAAAGUGCUUUGUUCAACCUUUUUUAGAAUAAGUUGAUAUCAAAUGCCUUGUAAAAUGUGUAAAGUGACAUGAUAUCAUAUUUAAUUAGAACAUUUUUUCCAGUCAAAUUAGCAUUUCAAAAAUGUAAGGUUUUCCAGGACACCAAUUAAACUGCAUCUCAUGUUGGCUAUUUGCAUACAUGUAUAUUUUAACGAAUGGCCUGGAUUUUGUUUUUUUACAUUGUAUUUUCAGCCCAGGAAACAGUUCACACAUAUUUCAUUCAGGUGUGCUUAAUGUUGGUACUGGGAAAAAACAACGCCACCAUGGAAAUGUGAAAUUAAACAUUUUGUCAAUUAUGAAUUGCUGCAAUUGAUCCACCUUGUUGAACAAAUUUAUUUAUUGCUUUGUUUGCAUUUGUUAUUUUAUGGGAUUCUUCUUUGCAUUGUCUGCCCUCACAGCACAACUUAAAAGUAUGGUGAAAGGGAAAUGGAAUAUAUUUUUGCAAUUUUUGAUGGCAGGUGCUUCAUCAUGGGGUUAUCCUCUUGAAAAAAGCUUUCAGAAAAAAUAAAUGUAUUAUUGUCUCUUUAAAAUUGGAAAUUAAAGUGGGGUUUUUUCCA